CUCGACCGACCGACUCGACUACGUAACACGGGCCCGUCGCGUUCUCGAAGCCCUCGUAGGCUAUCCCUAUUCCAUGGCGAAUGCCUCGCGGUAGCAUCGCAAGUGCCUGAACGUCGUCGCCUAGCGACUGGCCGCUUGUUCGCCCCUCUACGAUGGGUUCGCACUACUUUCGGCAGCCUAGGGUGGCUGCUACGACGACAUUGACUCUCGAUGCUUCAUGCACGCCUUAUGCCAUCCCUUCGAGCGGUCUAUUGCACAUUCCUGGAGCCGAUCCGACGUUUUUAACGGCCAACGCCAUCUAUUCGCCUCUCUGCACGCCCACCGCUAUGCCCCAGCCCGCUAUCAUCGUGAACGGAGCCUUCGAUUUGGACCAAACAUCAUCGGAUUCCGGUCCUCAAUUCUCCGACUUCCGCGAUCCCUUUUACGCCUCGAUCUUCCCGCAAUGCUACGCUCUAGCUGCUACGACGGUUCUUGCUUAUUUGCUUCUUAUCAUGCUUGUUAUCGCGCCUCGAUCGUUCCUUGAUGGUGGAGUUGUUGUCUUAGGCCGGCGUGGAUUCACAAAUGGUCCUUCGAAUGGUAUUAGUAUUGGUGGUCGUCCGUGGCUGCAGAAGGUUGCGGCUUUAACCGUGGCUAUAUCUUUAUCUAUUGCUACGGCGGAUACAUUCCGCGUAGCUGAGAAACAGUACGCGUUGGGAAUUCAGAAUGCACAACAGCUUCAGGACGAUGUGCUGGGAGGAACACAACUGAAGGUCAUUCAGCUUAUCUCCGAUACGUUCCUCUGGCUGGCCCAAGCCCAGACCCUGAUACGACUAUUCCCUCGACAACGCGAGAAGGUUAUUAUUAAAUGGACGGCUUUCUCGCUUAUUACGCUGGACGUCAUCUUCGGCGCUCUCAAUAGCUUCCAUUACACCAAACAAGGCAAUACUAGGCCGCGCAGUUUUACGGACGCUGUGCCGGCGCUUAGCUAUCUGUUUCAACUAUCUUUAGGUCUAUUAUAUGCUGCAUGGGUUCUCUAUUAUUCACUCAUGAAAAAGCGAUACGCUUUCUACCAUCCCCUUAUGAAGAACAUCUGCCUCAUGGCAGCUCUUUCUAUAAUAUCGAUCCUUGUCCCGGUUAUCUUCUUCGUCCUCGACAUAGCAAAACCCGAAUUUACUGGAUGGGGUGAUUAUGUUAGAUGGGUCGGUGCCGCCGCAGCAAGUGUUGUAGUAUGGGAGUGGGUUGAGCGGAUUGAAGCGUUAGAACGCGAAGAGAAGAAAGAUGGAGUUCUAGGAAGGGAGGUGUUUGACGGCGACGAAAUGAUGGAGGUAUUUCCUUCGGACCUUUCAUGGUCUAAGCGGCGGAAGAAUAAAAGAAAGAGCGAUGAUGGUGAUGAUGAUGAUGAUGGGGGGGAGAGUGGUUACAGUUCGUUAUCGGGCGGCCGCAGCAAUAUGUGGCCAGCUAUGUCGUCUAUCGCUAGCAGGUAUAGGUCGAGGACGGAGAAUAGCCCGGAUGGGAGACAACAAGCCGCUACGACGGGCAGGUCAGCAGCGCGGUUCUUACAGCCCCCACUAUGGCCUUCUCGGCCACCUCCGGCAGUUACACCGGUAAGUAGAACGGAUACUGCAAGCGCUGAUAGCACCGUUUACGCGGUACGAUAUCAGCCUCUUACGGAGACGACUUCGAGGACUACAGACGAUAGGCAUGGCCGACCCUUGUCUAGAAGCAAUAGUGCAACCUCGUCGGCAUCAAGUCCUGUAGCAGAAAGCAAUGAGCAACCUGGGAGCACGCCGCCAUCGCGACAACCCUCGUCAGCGCACGCCGCGGAAAAAAGAAAUGGCGAGGAAGGAAGUUGGAGCCGCUGGAACCAUUUGAACCCAUUCCACCGUACCGCGAAGGAACCCCCAGCGGAAGUCCUUCCGCACACAAUACCAAAACAACCGAAACGACGCGAUUACGAAAGCGUUGGUAGAUGGGACCUCAGGGGACGGGUAGAAAUAUUUGCCGCUACACAGGCAGAGAGAAUCCUAGAAAGGGUUCGGCCGACUCCGGAUACAGAUAGCUUGCCGGUUACCGUUAUACCCGCCCCUCCACGUCGCGGCGCGGCGCUGGCUCAACUACUGGAAGAAGAGGAACUACAAAUAGAGUCACAUGAACAGUCACAUGAACCACCAAUAUCUACCUCUUCGCCACCGGCGCAUAUGCCGAGGAGUACGAGCGUCGCAGCCGGUCCCACGCCACAUUCGUAUCAUGUUACUAGAAAUAACAGUACGGCAUCGACCGUGCCCAGGCCAGCUCCAGGUCCAGCGGAAAGGAAUAGCACAUAUGUUCAUAGGCCGCCUAAUACGCGUGAUAUCGACUCGUUGACAACUCCAACCCAUAGGACUGGAGAUCAACGAGAAAGAACGACUAGUGGAAGGCGGCCGGUGGACGAUAUAUUAGGGGAUGACCAGCAUCACGCGUCGUCACCUGUGUAGCGAUUUCCGGUCCAUUUCUAUCGAAUAUUCCUGUGAUGUAAUGGCAGCGCGGCGCUCGGGGUGCUUUGUUUCUUUGGCUACAUUGUAUGGCGCAUUGGGUUCAAAAAGGGAAGGAAUAGUGAAUUUCCACCCAUUUAUUAUGGCGUACUACUUACUGGAUUGAUCUGUUGCGACAUAUAUCUGCAUUGACGGAGUACUGUUA